UGCCUGUCUCCUCUGGUAGGUUCCACAAUGGUACAGCCAGCAUCACGCUGCACAAUGGUUUCCAGGCAGUGAAAGAGCGUGAUUCAGCAAGCCACUCUUCCCCCCCCUCCCCUUUUAUUUCAUUAUUAUCAGACAUUUUGCCUCCCCUUUUUCUGUUCUCUUCUACCCUCUCCCCCAGGCUUUUAUUCAGUUCUUUAAAGGAAAACGGUGAUUUACCUCGAAACCAGCUGCCCAUCUUUUUUUCUUUUUGUUUUUCCUUUUUUCUUACCCCCCCCCUCCCCCAUUAUUAUAAAUAGCCCAUUUUAUUUUUUUUCCACCCCCCCCACCUCGGCACUGUUUGGAAUGUGAUUUAAAAAUACCACCUAAAGUCGCGGUUUGGGGAAAAGGUUUCUGGACGAGGAGAAUAGCUCGCAAGCAAGGAAUGGGCUAGUAUUAGAAACCUGUACCAACAGCAGGCCAGACUCAAAUAUCAGCUAUGGCAACCCAUGCAUGAAGUUGAUGCCUUUGAACUAUUUCCUAUAGAUGAGACAUAGCACAUGCUGUGCUGUCUUCCACUGGGACAGAGGUGAAACUUCGACAGACCGCAUUUGUUGAGCAGUGGUCCCCAGAUUUGCAGCUCUCCCGAGGAAGACCUCAGAACAAUUACGAGUGUGUCACCUGGACAAAAUGUAAAACUUCGCUCUCAGACUGUCCUAUCCCUGGUAUUUAUGAGCCGCUAUUUCUUGUAUUAUUGUGGUGAACCUACUCUGGAUGUGAAGAUUGCCUUUUGUCAGGUGUGUGUUCCUUACAGGUAAAACAAGGGAUUUGGGAAACAAGUGGAUGUGUCGUAUAUUGCCAAACAUUACAACAUGAGCAAAAGCAAAGUUGACAACCAGUUCUACAGUGUGGAAGUAGGUGACUCGACCUUCACAGUCCUCAAACGCUACCAGAACUUGAAACCUAUUGGCUCUGGGGCUCAGGGAAUAGUUUGUGCUGCAUAUGAUGCCGUCCUUGACAGAAACGUGGCCAUUAAGAAGCUCAGCAGACCAUUUCAGAACCAAACUCAUGCCAAGAGAGCUUACAGAGAGCUGGUCCUCAUGAAGUGUGUGAAUCAUAAAAAUAUUAUCAGUUUAUUAAAUGUCUUCACACCACAGAAAUCUCUGGAGGAGUUCCAGGAUGUCUACCUGGUAAUGGAGUUAAUGGAUGCCAACCUGUGCCAGGUCAUUCAGAUGGAGCUGGACCAUGAGAGAAUGUCUUACCUUCUAUACCAAAUGCUCUGUGGAAUCAAGCAUCUUCACUCUGCAGGGAUUAUCCACAGGGAUUUAAAACCAAGUAACAUUGUAGUAAAAUCUGACUGCACGUUGAAGAUCCUGGAUUUUGGACUGGCCAGGACUGCAGGCACUAGCUUCAUGAUGACCCCGUACGUGGUGACACGUUACUACAGAGCACCGGAGGUCAUCCUGGGAAUGGGCUACAAGGAGAACGUGGAUAUAUGGUCUGUGGGAUGCAUUAUGGGAGAAAUGGUUCGCCACAAAAUCCUCUUUCCAGGAAGGGACUAUAUUGAUCAGUGGAAUAAAGUUAUUGAGCAGCUGGGAACACCCUGUCCAGAAUUCAUGAAGAAGCUGCAGCCAACAGUACGGAACUACGUUGAGAACAGACCCAAGUACGCUGGCCUCACUUUCCCCAAACUUUUUCCAGACUCUCUCUUCCCAGCAGACUCGGAACACAACAAACUCAAAGCCAGCCAAGCCAGGGACCUCUUAUCAAAGAUGCUGGUCAUUGAUCCGGCCAAGAGGAUAUCAGUAGAUGAAGCCUUACAGCAUCCAUACAUUAACGUCUGGUACGACCCAGCAGAGGUGGAGGCGCCUCCUCCUCAGAUAUAUGAUAAACAGCUGGAUGAAAGGGAACAUACAAUUGAGGAAUGGAAAGAACUCAUCUACAAAGAAGUAAUGAAUUCUGAAGAAAAGACUAAAAAUGGCGUAGUAAAAGGACAGCCUUCUCCUUCAGGUGCAGCAGUGAACAGCAGUGAGAGCCUCCCUCCAUCCUCAUCUGUCAACGACAUCUCAUCCAUGUCCACGGAUCAAACCCUGGCGUCUGACACGGACAGCAGCCUGGAAGCUUCUGCGGGACCCCUCGGUUGUUGCAGGUGACUAGCCGCCUGCCUGCGAAACCCAGCGUUCUUCAGAGGAUGAUGGAACCUAGGAGGGAAAAAUUAUGGGAGCUAAGAGAUGAAAAGAGAGAGAAUCAAAACACAAAGAUUUAAGUGAAACAAACAAAGAAACAAGCAAACAAAAAAAUCUUUUCAGCCUGCUUCUCCUACAGAGUUAUGUAAUGCAGCUAAGCUCAAGUGUGUAUUUAACUUAUAGUUGCUCUGCUUUGGUCUUCUUCCAGUGAUGCUUACUGGGGGGAAAAGAAAAAAAGGAACGGAAAAAAUCCUUUUUUUUAACCCCCCCUCCCCACAAGAUGUAAAAUGAAUGGCUGCAAAACCAGCAACCUGCAACUGUCUUUUUUCACACUGGCAUGACAAGGUGUGCAGUAGCCGCGCUCCACCCUACGAGUGAGUGUGUGUCUGCCUUCACUCUCUGUUCUGCCGUCUGCCCAGUGAGGCAGGCAGGGAUCUCCGUGCAUUCUUCCUCACACACAAACAGCUCAUACACUCAGGUGCCAACAGAAUCCUGGCGGUGCACGCAGCUGUGUGCCUGCACAUCUGCACAGGCACUUCGUGUGCACUCCACAACUAUAAAUGGCCCAUUUCAGGCGAACUGCUUGACUACAUAUGGGAUCUUACAGUACACAUUCUAUCUGCUCAUUGAUGAGGUUGCAUAUGCUGUAUGAGGACUUGUGGAAGUGUAAAUAACCACAGAGAACUGUGGCUCCCUCAGACACUUGAAGAUGUAGCACCAAAUUUCUGCUGAGAGUUGUAUAUAUAUUUUGAAAUAAUAACCAGUUUUAUUGAAAGAAGAAGCCACAGAGCUUCAUAGAAAAGUGCUAGUUUGUGAAUGUUAAGACUUAUUGUUCUGAUUUUUAGAGCAGAUAUGCCAAGAUAAGACUGGGUUAGAAGGAAGCACAUGUAUCUUUGCAAGUUACAGGGAACAAGAAUGAAGGGGGGUUAUGCAUGUCUAAGCCCAGAAAGGUUAAAAGUAAACAACUUUUUCUGUCAGUGUUAAGUGAGUUAUCAUCUUAGGUCAUAGAUAGGCUCGCUAUUUUGAAGUACAUGUAUGUUUGUAAAUUAGGUACACGACAGGGUUGGGAAAUGAGCAGACUGUGAUCAAAAGGACAUGCACCAACUUUUUAUUUUAUGUCUAGGUCUUUAUUAGGUUAGCUAGAGAAAGGAUAUUUGCAGCCCACUCCCUCUCAGUGUGUGUUUGCAGUUUAGAGGUUGUUUUCCCUUUUCAUCAUUCCCUUGCAGGCACUUCUGUUACUCAGAGAACAGGCAUUCUCUGGGUGCUUUUGGCUGUUCAUUUCCUCAUGGCAAAUUGUUGGACUCCCCAGGAAGCUUUAGCACCUGUGUUACACAGAAAAGAACCACAGAGUGCAUGGGUUUGGUUUUCCUCUAUUCUAACAGCCAAGGUUAUCAAUCAGCUCCAUGUGGUGGGCUGGAAGGGUUGCAGCCAGGGGUCUUGGGCAGUUUGGACAAGUCCUGAAGAACCCAACAGUGACUGAAUACCAAACUGAAUUGCCAGGUAAUAAGGCAGAGGAUUUCCCCAUGGUAAGUAACAGCAACUGUUUUUAGUAGCAAAUGACAAAAUUCCACACAGAAUUUCAGAACAACCAAAUAUCUUUCCGGCCAAAACAGCAAUUGGCAUUUUCCACUGUGAGGUCAUCAUUGUCUGAGUUGGAAAUUAACUAAAAUUCAAGUCAUCUGUCCUUUUACCAAAGUGUGCCAUGUAAACUGAAAUGAGCUAAAUCCUACUCUACUGCUUUUCCAAAUGCCAGAGAGAGAAACUGUUUAGACUACGUUAGUGAAUAUUUUAAAUUCACUUAUUCUUUUGUAUUCAAAACUCUACCAAAGUAGGACUGUUCCAUUUGGUGGCUUCCAAGACUGCCAUUCUGUGCUAGGGAAAAAAAAAAAAAAAAAUUACUAUCAAGUCAGAUUUCGUUCAAAUGAAAGAAAGGGAAGAAAAAAACUUCUCUCCAGAGUGGGGAGGAAGGGAAACAAAAAUUAAGAGGAUAUAAAAUAAAAUCAGACUUGCUAAGUCUGAGCUGCAUCAGAACUGCUUCAGGAAGUGGGGGUCUUUCCCUGGUUAUAUUUUUGGUAGAUUUUUAUCAAUUUUUUUAAUAAUAAAAUUAGGUUAUUAAUAUUCUAAAAACUCAGAACAGUAAUUUCAAAAGCAAUAAUUUACUACUGCUAAAUAUAUUUAGCAAUAUUCUCUCUUAAGCCAUGAAACAUCAGGUCACUAUUGGGUGACGUAACUCUCACUCCAAAGCCAAUGAUGAUAAAAAUAUCGAUAGGUUAACAGCAAAGCUCUGUAGGUAUGUAGGCAAUAACACCAAGGGUGACUUCCUAGCAAUAAUUAAAUGUAUCACCUCCAGAUUUAAUUCACCAUAGACACAUAUAAAUAAUAUUCAGGUAACUAGUAUCUACUUUACAUUCCUUAGUGUGCACCAUUUGGGUGUGUUACUUAAAAUAAACUAAACUAAGUCUCAUUGAGGCAAAACUGCAAAAAUAUCACCAGUGUAGACUGUAGAAACUUGGAGUAAUCCCAGUUCAUUGCCAGUGAUAUUAUGGAGAUGUGGCAUAAGAAAUAGCAGAGAGGCCACUUAUAGCAGAUGGAGACCUACAGACCUCCCAUGUUUCAUCUUUUGUAGGCAAAUCUGUGCUCUUAGUCUCAUGGUAUAAUUCAGUCGUGUCUGGGUUCAUGAGUGCAGGGUGGAGAAGCAGUGACCAGAGAAGGUGUCCUUAGGUUGACACUGAAGGGACUCACAACACAGGAGUUACAUGAUCAGCUUUAUUCCCUGAUUCUGCUAAGCACCAGUGCUUGUUCAGGCAUCUCACGGGGACUGUAGGAUGCUUACAAAAAUUUAACUAGCAUGUGCUUUUGUCCUUUGCUCAGCAGUGAUGGACAUCAGCAUGUGCUUAAGUGCCUUGCUGAAAUGGGGCCUGAAAGAAUUAGUGCAUCUCUUUUUGUCCUCAAACUACUCUCCUUCAUGAGAAGCUCUGUCCAGGGGAGGAGACUUGGAGCUGUCCAUAUUGGACACUAGAAAAAAAAGCCAUCAAUGAAGAAAAGCAUUAGUUCUUUAUGCUUCUGGUCCUUCUAUGUCCAAACUGAAGUGGUGGCCAUCAAGCAGGAAUAGCAUCCUUUGUUUUGCUUUGUGCCAGGAGUGGUGUUGCCGGCUGGUAUCUUACAAUAACACGUGUACUCUUGAAUAAAGGGCCGUAGUGAUGAUGUUCUGAGGCUGUUUUAAGGGAACCCACUUUUUUUUCUGAUUCUAGAAAUUUUGACACUGUCCUCUUAAUGUCUGUUCCCCUUUAUUCCAAAAUUUUGUUUCGCUUGAUAAUGAUAGAUGAUUUGCCUUAAUUUUGAUCUUUUAAACCUACUUCUGCUUAACACGUUACUAAAUACAAUACUUUGGCAACAGUUUUCGCUUCAUUCUCUGAGGUUUGCAGUUGUAAGCAUUAUUGCCACCAUGGCAGAAGUGAAGGAGAUUGGGAAGCCAAAGAUCUAUGACAGAUGUUCCAAGGUAUUUGGGCACAAAAGGGGCAAUCAGAGAGCCUGUGCCAGAAGCGGCAUAUCCUGAAUGGCAGCUGGACACCUUGGCAUUUCUGAAAAUAUGCCCAAGAACCUCUUGCCUAAGUGCCUCAAUACCCAAGGAAAUUCUGUCCCAAGUGGCUCACCUAAGUCAUGUAUACAGGCAUCAGCAGGGUGAGGAAAAUAGCAGGAGCAUUAUCUGUCAGUGACUGCUCAGAGCACUAGCUGCAUUGAGAUGGUAGAGGGGGAAGCUGCUGCAAAACAUCCCUGCUUUUUUUUCAGAUGGAGAACUUUGGGAUAGUAUGAGGAAAGAAAAAAAAAAAAAAAGAAAGAAGUCAGAACAACUCUUAAAAGACCCUUCCUCCAUUUUCUUUCUCGCUGCUGAGUUUAAACGAAGAUGACACAGUGAUUUAUUGCAAGUUGAUGCAAGGUUAUGUAUGUUUUCAAUCCAAAAUUCUGGUAAUUUUUGAGAACAGUCUUCAGAUACUGGCUUGGUAACUACAAUAGUAUUUUGUGAGGUUUUGACUAUAUUCCAUUACAAUAUAUCUUGAGAGAGUUCAGCUAUUUGAGUUGAUCACUGUGAUUGAUGCAAAUUGUAUUGUGGUUGAUGUUGGCCCCUCCUAUCUAGAACCCCAUGGCACAAAUAGAACCAUGAAUCGUAGCAAGUUUGCAUUACAUAAAACAUACUUAAACAGGAGUGCAAGCACAGUAAUGUGUAAAAAAAAAAAAAAAAAAAAAAAAAAAAAUCCCCACGAAAAAACCCACAAAAAAUCUUAAACAACAAAGCUACAGAAAGCCUGAUCAGGUUUUCUAAGCCCUAAUGCAGUGAUGGUUUUCCUCUGGAAAUCACCAGUUUCUGCUCAGCAUUGGCCUCUGAAGGUUACACAAGAUAGAUGAUCAUGUCACUAUGUCACUCUUCCAAAUUUAUAAGCAUUUUGGUUCAUAUCUAUUCCUUUAUCUUCAUAUAUAUGUUGCUUUACUUUCUAAUUCUGGGAUAACAGUACUGAAGAAAUUAGACCUGUUGCAGUGCCUUUAGGGGAUUUCCCAAAGUAGUACUACUUAACUGAUUUGGAUUGUAUUCUAAAUUUGUCAGUGAGCACCAGUGAUUUCUUUUCCAAUUCAUUUUCUCAUGAAAAACAUAGUAACUUUUAGAACUGCCUGAGAGAGUCACUUUAAUAAAAUCUCCCAUUUUUUUAUUAAAAAGUGUUUUUAAUAUGCUGGGAUUAUUGUAAAAUGGAACUGGAAUAUUUUAAUUCAAAGAAAUUUCUAGUAACCAAUGCUAGCUUAUAUACAUUGCAAGCUUCACAGUAGAUCAAAGGAUCAAAAACUAUUUGAGUUUCAGAUCUAUUUAUUUCUAUUCAGAUCUAUUUAUAUUUCUUCAUUUGUGCUUAAUGAGAGUUUAAAAUUUUGUGUGAAUUCAAACAUGCAAAAACACACAAACAAACCUAAAAGGCAUUUUGCAACAAACUGUGCUUCCAGGGAGAACAAUAUGGAAGAAAACCUGCAGGGACCUAUUAGUUUUCUUUUAUAAAUCUGAGCUAGUGGUUCAAUUUAUGUUUAGGCUUUUCUUUUUCUUGCUUCUGUAUGUGUGUGUAGGGAAGAGAGGGUAUACAUAUGGAUUUUUAGAACCUCUGUUCCACUCAUGCUUGAUCCAAGUUCCCAGUGUGGAUAAAGAGAGGAAUUGUUACAUAAUCACACAUCUUCAAGAUUCUGAUGGCUGUGCUUAUUUGAACUUCCACCACUUUACAAAGGACACGGUUUAACUAAUUGCAAGCUCGAGGUAAUCUUUUUCACACACAAACACACAUACACACAAAAAGAAAAUCAUUGCGCAGUAGGUUUGAAUAUCACAUGAAUAUGUAAUUGUCUUAAUUAGUAAGAUGCUUGAAGUAUGCAGGGGAAUGGUGAAUGUGUCAUCUUCACCAAUGAGCUGGAACACUGACCUGUCCAGUGGAAUUUAGUGGAAUCUGCUUAGUGUAUUAGGAACUUGCCAGUGGGGCCUGAUUUUUCUUUCAUUUUUGUUUGUUGGUUUGGGUUUUUUAUCAACUAUUGAUUGCAAGAAGUGAAAUGUUUAACUUAAUGCAUGUUCAGGCUUGUUGGCCUAUGGCAAGUUUUGUUUUAGAGAGGGUUUGAUUCGACAAAAGAAUGUUGAAAAACUUCAACUGAGGCUAAUGGUGCCUUUUUACCUGAGAGGGAAAAGCUGAAAAGCACAUAUUGAAGGAAGACACAGUCAGUUUGGGAAAUAAAUGUAUGCUUACCAUGCUUAUCAUUUCAGACAGGUCUCUUUUGCUAAUUUUCACUGAACAGGGCCAUUCUUGUCUUCUGGAAAGCAAGAUAUUUAUAAUGUAAAUAGUUGUAUGGAUUUAUUUUUUUCCUUCCUCUGUAACUAAUAUGUAAUAAUCCAACACGCUAUUUCUGUUAAAAACUUUUACAAUAAGGCUGCUGUUUGCCUAAUUAUGGUUGACCUCUGACCUUUUCCUGAGUCAUGUGCUGAUAAAGGAGGGUGCUGGAAGUUUCAGUGUACAUAUAGAAUCAUGUAUAUUUAAUAAAUUGGGUAAGUGGGACUUAUGGCCAGUAUACAUUAAGCCACAACAGUAACAAAGCUCCAGAUCUUAACUAGAAAAAACAACUGUUCACUUUGCCAUGUCCAUUCUGUAAUAAGAUCUAAGUUGCACCUGCCUGUAGUUCUGCAUGAUCAGACUUCAAAGUAUAACUAACAAGAUCUGUAAUGUAUCAGUGUUGAUAAACGUAGAUGUAAACAAGAAAAAAAAAAAGAAAAAAAGAAAAAAAAAAGAAAAAAAAAGAAAAAAAAAAAGGAAAGAAAAGAAAAAUUAAAUAACUUAACCAACAGAAGAAAAUCAACAACAACAACAGCUCAGUAUCAAGACUGGAAGAUGAGACAUGUCUGAUUUUGUUGCGCAAUUAUAACUGAAAAGAACAACCGGUGUCAGUCAGCAUAAAUGGACUACAGUAAGACAUUUGUUAAGGAUCCAACAUUAUUUCCAUAUUGUUUUGUUCUUACCCUGUUUACUUUGAGCAUCUGUUGUUCCCUGUGCGUGGCACAGGGGAGAACAGGGCCUCAGUGAUCAGCGUUUUAUGGAUCAAUGUCGCAUUAAUGAUUUCCGAUUUCUGUUUGUUUAGCAAUUACUGAACGAAGAUGGGACUCUCAUGUUCUCCCAUGUGUCAAAAGGAAUCCUGUCAGAGCUUCCUCAUGAGGAUACUCUUCUCACUGCUGUCUUGACUCCUGUCAGUUGAAUGACUUUGCAGUGUUCCCAGGAAAGAGCACAGCAGAGACAGUGACCGAGGGCGGGCGCGUUGUGUGUUGUGCUUUCACAGGGGCUCAAAGUCACUCAGGGACAGGACUCAAUAGAAAUAUGGUAUGUACUCUAUGCAUGACGCCUAUACUACACCUUUAUGACCUUAUAGUGGUAAAGCUGAUGAUCUUUACAGAUGUGGAUUUGGACCAUCUUUUUUUUUCUUUUGGAGGAGAACUGUCCUUAUCCCACAAACCACUCGCUCUUAUCCAGAGCAGCUAAAUGGAAGUUAAAGAGGUGCAAGGGCCUUCUCGGGACCGUGCCCAUGGGUGAAUUUCAUGCUGUUUGAAUGUGAUCUUGCCAAAAAGCCUGUAUGUCUAGCAGGGGAGACUGUGACUGUCCUAUAAGGAGUGUUUGUGUUGUUUACUUUAAAACAAGCUUUGCUAAUUAAAGUAGUGUAUUCCGGAGUCUA